AUGCACCGUAGAAUAGGGGUGGUCAUCGUUUGGCUUUAUGGAAAAUAUCUGGAAACUUUCUUCACUAAUGCAACCGAAAAAGACUUGCAGGGAAAGACCUUGAAACUAGACGACGGAAACACCAUCGAAGAAAUAUUUUCGUUAGACCCGCGCUUCUCGAUUCUCAGUGGAUCACAAGUAAUAGAUUCAUACGACUAUCCUGUUCCUGCAUUUGAGGAGCAAGUUAAGAUGAUAACCCCUGCAAACAGCGCCACGAUCAGCGUAGAAUGGUGGAGAGAAUUCUGGCGAUCGCAAUUUAACUGUUCAGUCGCUUAACCGUUUGAAUUGGGAACUAAGGCCCGCAGGGAGAAUUUCACGUUACAUCAUGCGUUUCCACAGUUACACAGCUCCCUCGUAUCAUAUAAGAUUGAUGCUGGGUACGCCAUUGCAUACGCUUUGGAUAACAUUGACCGCUGUACAGCUGAACAAGGUUUUUGCAGGUAGUUUUCCGUCGAUCUAUCCGACUAUUAAUGGACGUGAUCUUCAAAAAUAUCUACAAACGUCGAUUUUGAUGGUUCCACUGCUUCAUACAUCAUCAGAAAUUUCCAAAUUUCAUCAGCCAGAGACACAUAUCUCAGAAAGGUCGAAGUAG